AUGCGAGCUGGGGAGGACGAGGAUGGAGCUGCGUACACGUUCAGAACUAACCUAGGUCAACUGAAAUCAAAGCGUACAACAGACAUGAGGAGAUGCGACUAUUCUUUACCCCAGUUACACGUUUACGACACUGGCAGCGCCAGAGAUUUUACUUAUCUUAGAAGAUGUGGAGAGUUUUCUGACGCCAUCAUCAGAGUGGGGAAUGUCACCUUUCCAGUACACAGGAACAUCCUAGCUUGCUGCAGUCCGUACUUCAGACAGUCUUCGCCGACUUCAGAGCACGCCAGGAACAUAUCCCCUGCGCAGUGUUCCUCCUCGAGUGCGUCGUUGUCAACACGGAAAGUGGGAAGCUCAUUUUCUAUACAUCGGCACUUCACAUACGACAGAAUCAUUUCGCGAAAGAAAGAUCAAACAUUUUUUUUUUUAAAAUGCGUAUGCAUAUUAUGUUGUACUCUGUGCCUUUUCCACUUGUGUCCCUACAGGAGCAGAACAAGUUCUCCAUUGACACCAUACAACCAAUCGUUUAUGCUGAACCAGAAAACACAACAAGCUGGCAGUCCGUACUAUGAAGUAACGUUGACGGGUGUCAGCCCAGAGACAAUGAAUGAUAUCAUAGAGCAUGCCUAUGGUGGGCAGGUCGUUGUCUCGGCACACAACGUUGAGCAGCUUCUGCCAGCCGCCGACCGCUUUCAGGUAACCAGUCUGUUGAAAGCCUGCUGUGAUUUCUUAUCUGGAGAGCUGUCCAUUGGAAACUGCAUAUCCAUAGUGAAAUUUGCUAGUCACUUCUAUCAGUGUGACGCUCUGAGAGAGAAAGGGACCAAGUACCUUCUCGACAACUUCACCUCUGUGUUUCAGACUAGCCCGGAGUUCGAGAAGCUGACAUGCAAGGAACUCCUCUCUAUACUCAAGGCCGAUCAGCUGAACGCUAAAUACGAAGAGCUGGUUCUGGACGCUAUCAUUCGCUGGGUGAUUGCUGACGUAGAAGAUAGACAGAAGCACAUCCACGAACUGGUUCGAUGCGCCAGGGUGGGUCUGAUGCUUCCGGACAACAUGAGGGAGUUUGUGGAUUCCUGGCUGCUCAGUGGGAACCUCAAUACAGAAUUUAACAGUGUCACCAUUCAGGUCAUGGAGUCGGUUCUUCAGCUCCAGAAGCAACAGAUGAACGAAGUAGAUGGGGCUAUGUUCUCCCCUCGUCUGCCACGGGAUAUUAUGUUUGUCAUCGGAGGCUCUAAUUUUGGCUUCCCUCUGAACUUGGUGGAGGCCUAUGACUGUCGUACCUGGCUGUGGUCCAUCAUCUGUCCCUAUGAAUUUGCACCUCGUUCCUACCAUGGAAUGGUGACUUUAGACAAUGAAAUCUAUAUCAUUGGAGGCUUUAGUGGCCAGGUGUACCUCAGCAGCUGUUGUAAGUUCAAGCCGGAAACACUCACCUGGCAAGACGUCACCCCAAUGAACACGAAACGAUGCUACGUGGGGGUAGCAGAACUAAAAGGCUACCUUUACGCUGUAGGCGGUUACGAUGGAGUCUAUCGCCUCAACAGCGCCGAGCGCUUCAACAAAAACAAAAACCAGUGGAGCUUCAUCUCGCCCAUGACACACCAGAGAAGUGAUGCAGGCGUGGCAGUUCUUGAUGACAAGCUGUACGUCUGCGGUGGGUUCAACGGCAUGGAAUGUAUCCGAGCUGUUGAAAUGUACGACCCGGACAUUGACCGUUGGUUCUCUGUGCCCGGAAUGCCCCUUGGCCGCAGUGGGCUCGGUGUUGUGGCCUACAAGAACUACCUGUAUGCUGUAGGCGGAUUUGAUGGCUCUGACAGCUCAGUGAGGCUGUCCACCAUGGAAUACUACAGCCCAGAGACAAGGCAAUGGACAUCUCUAGAGCCUAUGCCACAUCCGAGGAGCAACCUGGCUGUUGAAGUUCUAGAAGAUAUUCUCUAUGCUAUUGGAGGUUACAGUGGGGACCGCACGACAUCGCUCGUGGAGUGCUACGAUUUCUCAACCAACACUUGGUACCAAUCAACAAGACUAAGUCACAACCGAAGUGCCCUAGGAGUGUGUGUUGUCAGUGGCUUGCCGAACACGGCAGACAUUCUCAGAAGAGACCACGCUGGCUUCAGGCAAAGGCUGCCUACAGUAGAAUACUGA